AUGGAAAAUGAUGAUUUAGAUGAAAAACUUAGGAAUGUAUAUUACAAUACAGCAAAUGGGGGAGCAUACCUAAGUGCUGAAAAAAUUUAUCAAACGUUGAAGACAUCAAGAGAUGGAAAUGUACCAAGCGUAUACAAGAUCAGGAAAUGGAUGGAAAAAAUAGACGACUACAAUUUACAAAAACCUGUAAAACGUAGAAUUAAAAGAGUGAAAAUAAUUGUAUCGGAACCGUAUGAGCAAUACGAUGCUGACCUUAUGGAUGUAUCCAACAUACAGAAAUAUAACAAUAAGACACGUUUCCUGUUGGUUGUUAUCGAUAUUUUCACACGGUUUUUAUGGAUUUAUCCAUUAAAAAACAAGUUUGGGAAGACAGUAGCUGAUGCAUUUGAAAAAAUCUUCAAACAUGGUAAAAUCCCUUUGAAGGUUUCCACAGAUGCGGGAACUGAAUUCAAAAACAAAGAUUUGAAACGUGUGUUUAAAAAAUAUGACAUUUACCAUCAUGUCUAUUUAAAUUCCGACAGUAGUAAAGCGUCAAUAGCAGAGAGGGUCAAUUUGACAUUUCGGAGGAUGAUGUUCCGAUAUUUUACAAAGCAUAGAACUUAUAGCUAUCUCAAUGUUCUACAAAAUUUGGUAGCAAGUUAUAAUGCAACGCCACAUAGAAGUUUAAAUAAUACAGCUCCAAAAGAUGUGAAUGAGAAAAACAAAUAUGAUUUGUGGGCAUAUAUGUAUAUUAAAACUCCACCCAAAGAAAAACGAAUCAGAGAAAAGAAAGAAACAUUAAAAGUACAACGUAAAAGAGGGAAACAGUUUCAUUUUAAAAUCAAUGACAUGGUAAGACUGAGCCAUUUGAAGAAACCGUUUCAAAGAGCUUAUCAGCAACAGUGGACCUCCGAAAUAUUUAAAAUAUAUAGACGAUUUCUAAUACAUGGGAAAAUCUUUUAUAAAGUACAAGAUUUUUUGGACAAGGAAGUUGUAGGCAAUUUCAAUUAUACAGAGUUGCAGCGUGUGAAAAAGGAGGCUGACGCAUUGUGGUUUGUUGAGAAAGUGCUUAAAUGGCGAAGGCGGAAUGGUCAACGUGAGGGUUAUGUAAAAUUCCAGGAUUGGGAUAAACGUUUUUGUCAGUGGAUUCCUGAGAGAGAUAUUGUUGACAUAUAA